CUCCGGCUCCCGCUCCCGCUCCCGCUCCCGGGGCUCCACCAAGGCCCUGGCUGAGCGCGGCUCCAGGGCAGGCCGUUCGCGCCGAUGUUUCAUGAGCGACAUUUUCAGACUGUGUGAAGAUCCGUUUUAAGAUUUAGUCCUCUAUGAUGGAGAAGUAUGAAAAAAUCGGGAAAAUUGGCGAAGGAUCCUAUGGAGUUGUGUUCAAAUGCAGAAACAGGGACACGGGUCAGAUUGUAGCCAUCAAGAGAUUUUUGGAAUCAGAAGAUGACCCUGUCAUAAAGAAAAUCGCCCUUCGAGAAAUCCGCAUGCUCAAGCAACUCAAACAUCCCAACCUCGUGAACCUUCUCGAAGUCUUCAGAAGGAAGCGGAAGCUUCACCUGGUGUUUGAGUACUGUGACCACACAGUUCUCCAUGAGCUGGAUAGACACCAAAGAGGGGUACCAGAACAUCUUGUGAAGAACAUAACUUGGCAGACGUUGCAAGCUGUGAAUUUUUGCCAUAAACACGAUUGCAUACAUAGAGAUGUGAAGCCAGAAAAUAUCCUCAUCACAAAACAUUCAGUGAUUAAGCUUUGUGACUUUGGAUUUGCCCGACUUUUGACUGGACCCAGUGACUACUACACAGACUACGUGGCUACUAGGUGGUACCGCUCCCCAGAACUAUUGGUGGGGGACACACAGUAUGGCCCCCCAGUAGAUGUUUGGGCAAUUGGCUGUGUCUUUGCUGAGCUGCUGUCAGGGGUACCUCUGUGGCCAGGAAAAUCAGAUGUGGAUCAGCUCUAUCUGAUUCGGAAAACCUUGGGAGAUCUCAUUCCUAGGCACCAACAAGUAUUUAGCAUGAAUCAGUACUUCAGUGGGGUGAAAAUUCCAGACCCUGAAGAUAUGGAACCACUUGAAUUAAAAUUUCCAAACAUCUCUUAUCCUGCCCUCGGGCUCUUGAAGGGCUGUCUCCACAUGAAUCCUGCUGAGAGGCUGACGUGUGAACAGCUGUUGCAGCACCCGUAUUUUGACAGCAUGAGAGAAACGGGGGAUUCGGCCAAAGAACUUGACAGACCCACAAGGAAGACCCUACGACAGAGCCGAAAGCACCUGCCUGGGUUGCAGUGCCUACCUCAGCUAACUAGCAGUGGCUUCCUUCCAGCUCUGGAUAAUAAGAAGUACUACUGGAAUAUGAAGAAACUUAACUACCAUUUUCCAAACAUUUAAGGAGCUUGGAGAUGGAAGACGAAAAAGGAAUUCAUCAGUAAUUUGAAGAAAACAAAACCUGUACAUUUGCUUGAAAACAUUCACAAUGUUAAUGAAUUACAAAACACCCAUAUGUAUUUUUCUUGUAGUGCUUUUGCCUUGAGUCCUAUCCCCUGCCUUUUCAGACUGUCAUCAUAUUCAAGAAGAGUUUUAGUUCCUGAAAUCAAAAUGCUUAAAAUUCUAUUUUCUGCUCGCUCUCUUAAUUUUCAUAGUUUAAAACAUUUUUGGAAUAUUUAAGAGUUGUUCAAAAUACUUAAAAUCAUGGAUUGUCAUAACAAAAUCUAUUUGCUUAUGUUUUUAAUGUUUGCAGGCAUUUUUACAUAUGCUUUUAUCUUUACCUUGUAGUAAAGGAUGCAUCUUAGUCAUUUUUGCAGGCAAGAUGGGUUUACAUAACCCAUCUACAGGUGACCCAAUUCCCCCUGCAAACCAUGGUGUGAAGCCUGGCAGCUGACCAAGGCAGUCAGUGGGUAGAACAAGAUUUACAGACUUAAUGGGAACUGAGCCUAUCAGCCUGAAAGUAAUUAGUUCUUCAUUCUCUCCAGCUCAGUCGCCGACUUGAGAGACAGAUCUAGAGGCAGGACUAUAGUGUUCUGGGUUCUGGAAGAAAUUGCUUAUGAGUUUUUACUUGGAUCAUGAAAGAUGUUAGGUUGUAAACUGGUAUUUUCCCUGAAAUACACCUUUGUACUAUAUGUAUGUAUAGUAUACAUACCUACAUACGUGUAUGCACAUAUUUAUACUAUGCUAAGAACUGAUAACAAGUAGUCCAAAAUUCCUAGUUUUGUAUCGUGGUACUUAAAAUGAUGACAUAUAAUUAACUUUGACUUACUCUACCGCUCCUAUUUCAAAAGCUUUUCACCCUCGUCCCUUGAACACAAGGGCAACAUGAAGCUCACGUCUGUUUCUUGUAAGCUCAUUGCCAGUUUUGGUUGAUGUGCUACUGCUGUUCCCUUACUGGUUCCCAGCCGUGGUUUUGGGAGUGUAUUUUACUUUAUCUUCAAAACAUUGCUUCUGUGUUCUUACUAGUUUACUGCUACAGUAACUUCCUUCAUGACAGCAUUUGACUUUAUUCAGUUACUGCUGAGUAAUUCAUCAAACUUCGGCAUCUGCUCAAUCAUUUUGGCUACUCCAGCCAGUUUAAUAUCCUAAGGCUUCUGAUGUAUGUAGCUUCUUGCAAAGAGCUGACAAUGGGUUAAAGACUAGUCCCAGCAUCAUCUAAUUCUUCUCAUGGGGCUUGGAUUCAAAUGACAAGGAAGGCCAUCCCACUUCUGUGACUAGUUUACAUUUUCUCUUUUCCUUUUUAACCCAAACAAUGCACUUGACGAGGCAGAUGACUGUAACUGCCUAAUUCAUUCAGUAGUUCUAUAGAAAACCAUUCAGAAUAUAAAAGUAGUUCCAGAAUAAAUUGUAGUGAAUCAGUUGCCUCACCACACAAAAAUCAAACAAAUUGGAGAUGGAAGCGUUCAUUUUUUUCUAAUGAGUUGUAUUAAAUGUGUACUAAUGCUUGAUUUAACUGUAGCUGUAACCCUUCGUUCAGCAUGGAAUCACCACUGUUUCACAUGGCACUGGUCUAUAUCCUAGUCUUUUUUUUUUUAAUUUACUGUUUUCUGCCUUUAUAAUUGACAGUGGCAAUUUUAUUUGUAGAUGGUAUAUCAUUUAUGGUAUGUGCUAUUUACGUAAGCCUCUCUUCUAAACACAACUGAAAUUCAUUUUUCUAUCCGAAGGCUGCAUCAUACAGUGUUUAUUUUAAAAUUAUUUCCUGUCAAGUCAAGAGCUGAAUGUUCAAACCAAACAUACAGAAAUCUACUAGUUAACAGUAAAAGAACCAGGGCCAUUUCAAGCAGGUAAAAAUAAAGAUCUGUUUUUAUCUA